CUCCCUCCAUGCCAAUGCUCCACUGCAGCAAGCAUGGAGUGGAGUGUGAUCCAGAGGAAGGUCGGCCCUCUGCUGUGGCUACUGGUCAUCUCCACCAUCCUUGCCCUCUUCAUCAUGCAUUCAUCCUCCACUUUCAGCAUCAGCAUCAAAGCUGUUCUCACCCAAAGCCCUCUCGUCACCACCAGUGAUGUCUCAAACCAAAGCCCUUCUCUCCCUGCUAACACCAGCGGUGUGACGCCAGUGCACAACAGUUCUUCCUCCCCACAACUCUCCGCUGAUGGCAACGAAGAGCAAUGCGACACAUCGAAGGGCAAGUGGGUGAAAGAAGCAGGAGCAUCGAUCUACACCAACCUGACAUGCCCGACGUACCCUGAUAUCAAUAACUGCGGCAAGUAUGGCAAGGAUCAGAGCUAUUUGUAUUGGAGAUGGCAACCGGAUAGUUGCGACAUACCGAGGUUUGAGCCCGAGACGUUCUUGAACAUAGUUAGAGGGAAGAAGAUGGCCUUCAUCGGAGACUCCCUGGCCCGGAAUCAGAUCGAUUCUUUGCUAUGCCUCCUGUCUCAGGCAGAGACUCCAAGGGAAGUUUCCAGGGAUUCAAUUGGGAAAUACGUGACAUGGUACUUCCCACCGCAUGAUUUCACCCUCAUGGUCAUGUGGACAGAGUAUUUCGUAGAAGCGAGACCGAGAAUCAUAAAUGGAACAGCUUCAAACUCAUUUGAGAUUCACCUGGACAAGGUGAGCACCAAUUGGGCAGAGAAGCUUCCUGGUGUAGAUUAUGCCGUCCUCUCCGGUGGCAACUGGUUCUUCAGAGGGAUCCAUUUGUAUGAAGAGGGAAAGAUGAUCGGUUGCAUCAACUGCAGGGGGCAAAACCUGACAGAGUUCGACGUCACUGUGACCAUCAGAAGGGCGCUCAGAACAGCCCUGCAGUACAUAAGUUCAUGCAAGGAUUGUGAAGGGCUUGUCACCUUCUUGAGGACCUUCACAUCGUCACACUUUGAGAAUGGCUCUUGGCUCACCGGAGGAUACUGCAAUAGGACUCGGCCAUUGAAUGAGACUCGGAUACUCCUGGAUGAUAUCGCCUGGGAGAUAAGAAAGAUUCAGUUAGAAGAGAUCGAGAGAGUAAGACGACAAGAGAGCGGAGGGAAGAUGAGGUUUGGGGUAUUGGAUGUCACCAAAGCUAUGAUGCUGAGGGCUGACGCGCAUCCUGGGGAUCACUGGACCAAGAAAUCGAAGGCGAGUGUCAAUGACUGCUUGCACUGGUGCUUGCCUGGGCCUAUCGAUAUGUGGAGCGAUCUACUGCUUGCGACUCUCGAGAAAAAUUUUCUACCUUCUUAGUCGACUAUUUUGUACAUUUUUUAUCAUUCAUAUUCAGUAAAUUCC